GCCAUUUUGCACUCUUCGCAAGCGAAGCUGCUCCCGUCGCUUCCGAUCGAGAAGCCAUGGAGGACGAAGAGAGAUCGAGCAUGGUGAUCGGUCUCAUCGAGAACAGAGCUAAGGAGGUCGGGGUUGCUGCUUUUGAUCUAAGAUCUGCUGCGUUGCAUCUUUCACAGUAUAUCGAGACUAGUAGUUCGUAUCAAAACACGAAGACUUUGAUGCAAUUCUACGACCCGGUGGUGAUUAUAGUUUUGCCAAAUAAGCUUGCACCUGAUGGCAUGGUCGGAGUGUCCGAGCUUGUGGAUAGGUUUUAUCCUUCAGUUAGGAAGGUUGUGAUGGCCCGUGGAUGCUUUGAUGACACUAAGGGAGCUAUGCUGGUUAAAAACUUAGCAGCAAAGGAGCCAUCGGCACUUGGUCUGGAUUCAUACUAUAAGCAAUAUUAUCUCUGCCUGGCUGCUGCAGCAGCUACAAUCAAAUGGACCGAAGCAGAGAAAGGCGUGAUAGUAACCAACCACUCUCUGCCGGUAACUUUUAAUGGAUCCUUUGAUCACAUGAAUAUUGACGCUACUAGCGUCCAAAAUUUGGAAAUUAUCGAUCCAUUCCAUUCUUCCCUCUGGGGCACAGCCAACAAAAAGAGAAGCUUGUUUCAUAUGCUAAAGACAACGAAGACUAUUGGAGGGACUAGACUUCUCCGGGCCAACCUGCUGCAGCCAUUGAAAGAUAUUGAAACUAUUAAUGCUCGUCUCGAUUGCUUGGAUGAACUAAUGAGCAAUGAGCAGCUGUUUUUUGGACUCUCUCAGGUCCUGCGUAAGUUCCCAAAAGAGACUGAUAGGAUACUAUGUCACUUUUGUUUCAAGCCGAAGAAGGUUACAAGCGGAAGUCUGGGCUUUGAUCAUGCUAGAAAAAGCCAACUGUUGAUAUCAAGCAUUAUUUUGCUGAAAACUGCUUUGGAUGCUUUGCCUUUACUCUCCAUGGUUCUAAAACAAGCCAAAAGUUCUCUCCUGGUGAACGUUCACAAAUCUGUAUGUGAGAACCAGAAGUAUGCUGCAAUUAGAAAGAGGAUAGGGGAGGUGAUUGAUGAAGAUGUGCUUCAUGCAAGGGUUCCUUUUGUUGCCCGCACACAGCAGUGCUUUGCUGUCAAGACUGGAAUAGAUGGCUUGUUGGAUAUUGCAAGGAGAUCAUUUUGUGACACAAGUGAAGCAAUACAUAACCUAGCAACUAAGUAUCGUGAAGAAUUUAAACUGCCAAAUUUAAAACUCCCUUUCAACAAUAGACAAGGCUUUUACUUCAGUAUUCCACAGAAGGAUAUUCAAGGAAAGCUUCCUAGCAAGUUCAUACAGGUCGUAAAGCACGGGAACAACAUUCAUUGCUCCACUCUCGAACUUGCUUCGCUGAAUAUGCGGAAUAAGUCUGCUGCAGCUGAAUGCUUCAUACGAACUGAAAUAUGCCUGGAAGAGCUUUUAGAUGCCAUACGGGAGAAUGUUUCUGUGCUUACACUACUUGCAGAAGUUUUGUGCCUUUUAGACAUGAUUGUUAAUUCAUUUGCCCAUAGCAUAUCUACUAAACCUGUUGAUCGGUACUCUAGGCCACAAUUUACAGAAAAUGGUCCCUUGGCUGUAGAUGCAGGAAGACACCCUAUCCUGGAAAGCAUACACAAUGAUUUUGUUUCUAAUAGUAUCUUCCUUUCAGAGGCAUCAAAUAUGGUGAUUGUCACGGGUCCUAACAUGAGUGGGAAGAGUACUUAUCUUCAGCAAGUGUGCCUGAUCAUAAUUCUUGCUCAGAUUGGUUGCUAUGUUCCUGCUCGUUUCUCAACUAUAAAAGUCGUCGACCGUAUAUUCACUAGAAUGGGUUCAAUGGAUAAUUUGGAAUCAAACUCUAGUACGUUCAUGACAGAGAUGAAAGAGACUGCUUUUAUUAUGCAGAAUCUCUCUCAAAGGAGUCUUAUCAUCAUGGACGAACUUGGGAGGGCGACAUCUUCAUCUGAUGGAUUGGCCAUUGCAUGGAGCUGCUGUGAGUUUCUCCUAUCAGUAAAAGCGUAUACAAUAUUUGCUACUCACAUGGAGAACCUGUCGGAAUUAGCAACCAUCUAUCCAAAUGUGAAAGUUCUGCAUUUUCAUGUUGACAUAAAUAGCAAUCGCUUAGAUUUCAAGUUUCAACUCAAGGAUGGUCCGCGACGUGUACCGCACUAUGGCCUUCUGUUAGCAGAAGUGGCAGGGCUACCAAGAUCCGUGAUUGAUACAGCCAGAGGCAUCACAUCCAGGAUCACACAAACGGAACUGAAGAGAAUGGAAGUGAACUAUGAGCAAUACAAUGCUCUCCAGGUGGUGUACCGUGUAGCUCAGCGCUUGAUAUGCCUGAAGUACUCCAGUCAGGAUGAGGCAUCAAUCAGGCAAGCACUGCAAAAUCUCAAGGAAAGUUACCUACAGGGAAGAGUAUAGUUUCUUGAUAAGUCCGGAGACAGAGGACUUUCCAGUUGAGCUUGUUCGAUUCAUGGCAUCCCUCAAUUAUGGAAGGUUUGCCGCUGUAAGCCCAUGUUCUGCCUCAUCCAGAUAUACUCUUUCACUCCACACGAGUUGCUUUCUGGUUUACUUUAUCACGAGCAUCUCUCUAUUCAUGUAUUUUUCGAGGUACUAAAGUUGGAUAUGGUUUCCAAUCAAUUGACGUCGCAGAGGUGAGUUGGAUUGGUAAUCUUAGACAGGUUCCAGAGGAGGAGGACUGACCUAGUCCCGGCCUAGUCUC